CUGCUUGCUGCUAUCAUAGAAGAUAUUCAGACACAUUCUAAUCAUUCCGAGGCUACCUGGUCUCGAGUGCAACAAUGGACGAUUGACUCUUCAGACUGGGCCACUGUAGUGCAAAUGGCGAAGGCGGUGAGCUCAGACGCAAGUCCUUCUGGGCCUCAACGUUCCUCACUCUCCCGCCGUGAUGUAGCCUCUUCCAGCUCUUCAGCUGGGCUUAGACCAGGUGGAAAUGGAACUAGUGGCACUGGUGAGACUGAACUAAGGCCCGCCGUCGACAUGACAGAACCUCGUCCUCCGAUAUCGGAUCGAGUCAUUCAGGCAGAACCCAACUCAUCUGGCGGGAGGGGCAGCGAUGGCAGCGAGUCCUGGGCAUGUGUUCAUUGUACCUAUCUGAAUCAGACUGGAUCUUCUGAGUGUGAGAUCUGUGGUCUUCCUAGAAACGGCUAG